AUGUUCACAUACCCGGUGACAGUCAGUUGUCAAGCAGCUACCUCCCACGAGCACAUGGCAACGGUUACAGCGCUCACGUAUACUGUAUAUCGCAUAGGCAGUGCUGUUGGCUCGGCAAUUAGCGGUUGUAUAUGGACCCAGAAGCUUUAUCCAGAGAUCCUCAAGCGUCUUGGUGGUAAUGUGUCUAUGGCCACCGCAGCAUAUGCUUCUCCAUACACGUUCAUUACUACUUACACUUGGGGAACUUCGGAGAGAGAGGCCGUGGUGGAGGCGUACAAAUACGUCCAGAAAUUGGAAACUGUAGUCGCAUUGGUGUUUUGUGCUCCUUUACUAAUGUUUUCUCUCUGCUUGAGAGAUGCAAAGUUGACCGACAAAGUUGCACAUGAUGGAGAAAUUCCUGAGGGUGAGUAUACCACUAAAGAUGAGGACCCAAUCGCUGACUGGUUCAAAGCUUGUGUUGGGAAGUUCAAAAAGUCCAAGGAAGUCAACUAG